AUGACUGCCCUAAACUCAAGUCCCGUGGUGGCCGCUGACGAAAUUGCCAAAUUGUGCUAUGAGCGUUUCAACGAACUUCCCCGGAAGGGAAAGCCAGAGCCGGGGAGAGAGUGGACCCCGCUCGCCGCUGUGGUGAAAAUCACCCGAUGUGCAAAAUCGGACAUAGUUGAGAAAGAAGUGGUUUCCAUUGGAACUGGAACAAAAUGUAUUGGACGGACUGCCAUGAGCCCCAAAGGUGAUGUGUUGAAUGACAGCCAUGCAGAAGUUAUUGCAAGACGAGGGUGUAUUAGGUAUUUGAUCCAUGAAUUGCACAGGGCUGUGACCGGAAUGGGAAGCUCUGUGUAUUGUCAGUCGAAGCAUCAAGGCAAAUGGAGACUUCAACCAGGAAUUUCUUUCCUCUUCUUCACCAGUCAUACACCAUGUGGUGAUGCAUCUAUAAUCCCCAUAAAUGGCAGCCACCUUCAACCAUGUCCUUCUGUCUCAUCUAUAAAUAAUGAUAAAGGGACAGAUGGAAGAGGCCUAAAAAGAAAAGCAGAACAUCUUAUUUCGCUGCAAAACUCCAAACGGCCCUCCCUAGAAGAAAAGGAAACUGAAGAGACGAAACAAGAGGGUCUUUAUGUAUCAAAACGAGCUUCAUCCUCAUCUACAGUUGGUGAUGAGCCCCCACAGAGUUCAUCUGCUAAAACGCAUCAGGAGACCAUCUUACAUUCUUCAGCGGAGCUGGCAGAAAACACCAGCAGUAUUUCAAACGUUAACCAUACUGUGUGUGCCCGGCAAAACUCACCAGUUUAUGAUGUUCUACGAACAGGAGCCAAGUCUGUACCAGGUGGGCUCAGCGACCCUCUUCAACCGGGGGCGGGCUACCAUAGCACAGGAUUACUGCGGGUAAAGCCUGGUCGAGGAGAGCCAACACUGUCUCUCUCCUGCAGUGAUAAAAUGGCCCGCUGGGGAGUGCUGGGCUUCCAGGGUGCACUCUUGUCCCAUUAUCUACAGGAGGCACUCUACUUUAGCACUGUGGUAGUUGGAAAGUGCCCCUUUAGCCAAGAGGCCAUGCAAAGAGCUUUGAUCACAAGGUGCUCCCAUGUGUCAGAUCUCCCUGCUGGUUUCUCAGUGUCGCCACCAGUUUUUCUUCAGUCUAAACUGGAGUUUCCCUUCAGCCAGGCCCAGACUGAGCUCCAACACAAGGCUGGACAAGGAUGCGUUACACCCUGUGGAGCAGCUGUCAGCUGGUGUAAAGUGCCUGAUCAGCCACUCGACGUCACUGCCAAUGGCUUGAAACAAGGAGUCACCAAGAAGGCCAUGGGUACAGCUAAAGCAAGGUCUGCACUUUGUAAAUUGGAGCUGUUCCAUGCAUUCCUGUCUCUGGUGUCAUCCACUGAGGCCUCAGUUCUUCCCGACUCUCUCAGAAGGAAUGAUCUACACACUUACUUGGACUACAAGGAGGCUUCGGAGACCUACCAGAAAGCUUGGCAGCUACUUCGCAAUCAGGCCUUCCCCCUUUGGCCACGCAGUGACAGAGACCUUCUGCUCUUCAAAUAA